AAACAAUGUUACAUAAGGCAGGGCCGGGCCUGUGCAGUCUUCCUACAUACUGAGUUGCAGCUAGUCUUCAAAUUCUUUUGCCCUCUAAGUGCCGAAUCUGGCCUGAUAUAGAGAUUACACAUUUCUCCACUGGUCUCCAGUCUUGCAGGGAGGUUGCAUGGCAAAACGCGAGGAGUUUGAGGACAGCACAUGGGACGAGGUGGCGUUUAUCAACAGAUAUGCCUUGUUCAUGGGUUACAUAUCCAUGGCUAUCAGGGGUCUAGGUUUCCUUAUACUUACUUGGACCACCGUCGUGCUCCUUGGUGGCUUCGUCUCCAUGCUCCAAAAGAAUGAUUUUUGGUGCCUCACAUUUAUUACCCUUGUACAGACAGCCGGGAUAUUCGACGUCUACAUGAACGAGAAAUUAAGCUAUAUAGCAAAUUCAGCCGUCGGCGUGGCGGCUGGCUUUUUUUAUGGCGUAUUAGGCAAUUACAACAAUACUAGCACGGUUUUGGAAAUUGUUCUUGUUAUUGCAAGGUUCUUGCUAGCAGUGAUUGCCGUAGUGGUUCAGACGCUGGUGAUGGUCAUGCUACUAUGCCCCCUGGCAGCUACGUACAUGUUUGGGCUGCUGAUCUCCAUGGGGUUGUCGAUUUGGCGUCUGGUAAAACAUGAUUACGGUAGCAACUCGGUUACGGAGGCAAACCUGAAGCCGGCGAUGGACACCUUGUACUUCCUUGCUUUGCUCCAAGGCGUGCUCUUCUGCUAUAGGUUCUUGUUUGCUCUCACCAAGAAAGGGUUGGCUAAUGUCGUCAUCUCAAAUCAUGAAGAUCUCGAAGAUCGUGAAGUAGUUUUGACAUACUUGCGUGAUACAAGGAUCGGGUGCGAGAAGGACCCAUCGUUCGCAAGAGGAAGGAACCUCAUCACACAUGCCGUAGACUUGAUCGGUUCCAAGUCGCACGAUGACUUCGUUUCCGGAGUAAAGAUGUUGUACACAGCCAUGUGCCUGGGGGAGAAGAAGCUGAAGAAGGCAAGAGUCGAGGGUACAAAGGAAGAGAUUCUUUCGCUAUGGAAUGAGAUCAUUGGGCAGAACAUGAUGAUGAAAAGUGAGAUCAUAUCUGCAUCCUCUUCAUCCGUACUACAGAGACUGUUGCAGACGUUGGAUCCCCGGGGCUCAUUUGACAGAGAGAUGAGGAACCAGGGCGCGGCUAUAGUAGCCCACCUUGCUCUGGUCAUCCAUUUGGAGCAAUUCCCCGGGGCGAUUCAGUACAUAUGUAAUCUGAUCGGCAGUUUCGAAGAAUACCGUCUAAUCGAGCCAUACCAUAGACACCGGCUAGUAAGCAAAUAUGACACGGAUUGGAAUGCACAAGCCAGCCGUCUACCAUCAGAAGGCAACGAUGCCAGUAACCUUCGAGAGGCCUACGAGAAGCUGGUGCUGACAGGCUUCUGCAUCCUCCGGAAGUUGGCAACCCACAAGAAUAACUGCAGAAUCAUGAGCGAGACCCAAGGUCUGCUCCCAAGGAUCAUGGCGCCUCUGACCUCCGACAUAAUCCACCAAUUUAAAGGUUGUGCAUGGUCGUCGAGGGCAGUAGAGGAGUCACUCAAGGUCAUUUUACUGCUCGUGGCUGCUCCUGGGAAGACGGGGGUCAAGCUGCGUCGAGAAAUCUCAAGAAACAAGGAGGCAAUCGGCACCAUGGAGAGGAUUAUAAACUGUAAACGCUGCUACGCAAAGCAUCAGAGACGAGCCAUGGGGAUUCUCACGGAACUGCACAUGGACAACCAGGAGAACAGAACAGCUUUCAUCAAGAUGCUAGUAGACAUCUUCGCUGAUGAUAACAAGGACAGGCCCAUCAGAAACUUGGCAGGUGAAGCACUGGCAAAGUUAUCUAUUCAAGAUGGAAGCAAUACCAGUAUUAUCUUGCAGGUAAACGGCGACGUCGUUGGUAGCCUCACCAAGAUACUACUUCUAGAUGAUGCUGAGAACAAGACAUGCAGGAUAAAAGCAGCUGAAAUCUUGGAGCAUAUGUGUAUUCAUCACACACAAGAUGACGAGUCUCUCGGCAAACUUAAGAAAGCCAUGGCAGAUACUAUGCCCAAGGUGCUUGGACAGAUACUUCAUUGUGGAUUGAUACAAGAUGAAACACAUGCACUAGCAGAACAAAACCAGGUCGAACUCCAAGAAAAAGAAGCUGACAUAGAAAAUCAAUGUGAUCAUCCACAAGACAAUGCUGAGCACGAAAGUAAGGUGGAGUCGGAGGUGGAGAUGGAUAUGGAGGUGGAUGAGUUGGACAAUGAAGAGGACGAGGAAUUCCACACAACCCUGUUAUCCCUCUGUGUGACGGUAUGCGACAUAUUCAUCAGUGCUGAUGAAGAUUUGGCCUGUCGGCUUGGUGCAAUUGAUGCAAUUAGCCUUCCAAGGAAGCUCAAGGACAUAGUAGCAGAAAACAGUAUUCCAACGGUCCCUCGCCUGAGAAUAAUGAAGCUGACCUGUAAGAUGGCCAUAUCAAUGAUGAAACACAGGGGCAGCUACCAAAAAGAAGACUUGGAUAACUUGAUGAACGCACUAUCCAGUGCUUCUAAAAGCAUGUCUUUUCUUGACAUGUCCAUGGUUUUCGCCAGCGAAGAACAUGGAGCAGGAACGACAAUGAAGCCUGUCAAGAGUCUCCGUUCCCUCGUAAAAGAAGCUAAGAAAAAGGUCGCCACCUACUGCAAGCCACAUGAACCUGAAAAUAUAGAUCCAUUUACCUCCACCGACGGGUAA